UGGAUAAUUAUUGGAGGGUAUAAAGGAAGUGCGCACUGCCAAGGUCUCAGUGCAGUUCCAAACCUUUGCGAAGCUGCUCAUCUUCAAGACUGCUCAGCUUUGACCAUGCAUUCCGCUUGCCUGGCUCUCUGCCUCCUCUGCCUUGUCCCCUUCACCAUGGCUUGUUACAUUCAGAACUGCCCCUUAGGAGGCAAAAGGUCCAUCAUGGACACACAGAUGAGACAGUGUUUGCCGUGUGGCCCGGAUGAUAGGGGCCGCUGCUUCGGGCCCCGCAUUUGCUGCGGGCGGGACAUCGGCUGCUACGUGGGGACGGCGGAGACGCUGGGAUGUCGAGGGGAGAAUUACCUGCCAUCCCCGUGUGAACCUGCGGGAAGGCCCUGCGGCUCAGAGCGUGGCAAGUGUGCCUCACCGGGAAUCUGCUGCGAUGAUGAAAGCUGUGCCGUGGACCCCAUGUGUAACGUGAGGACCACCUUCUCAUCAGACUAACGUGGCUCAGCACUAACCCCCCCCACACACAAGACCUGAUCUGACCCCUGGUGUGAAAUUCUUGAACGCUCAAUAAUUCUUUCCACUAAGUGAUGCUCAAUGUCCAUCCAAUACGCUGUAGACUCACUGGACCAGACUGAUGGGUUUGGGUGGAGGUGGGAGGGGGAAAUCUCACUUGGGAUCAAGAUUCACUCUGUUUCUCUUCUUUUUAGGAACAUUUUAAGAAAAACGGCUGCAAAGUUUUCAGUCGAACACAAUGUCAGCCAAUGAUUUGUCAAAUUCUGGACGCUCUAAAAUGCUGAGAAAUUAGAGUAAAUUGAGACCGAGAGGGGUGUGGGGGUUGAUCUUUUUAAUGUUAAGCAGAUAUUGUCUGAAGUUGGCCCAAUGUGUACACAGAUGCAUUUGAGAUGAAUGUGCAAUAAAUGUCAAAAUUUGGCACAACAAUAUACAAUAAACACCAGUGCUGUCCUUUA